AUGUCCAACACAAGCCCGGCUGAACCGAGUGAUAUACACCUUGAGCAAAGAUCACUUACCACCCAUGGCUCACCACCACUACUCCCGAACCCUUUGCCCAUCUGGCUGGGGCAUCCCGCAGAUGAAGAGAAUGGUUCCGAGAGUGAUGAAGACUCAUACGCGAUGUUCGUAGAAGGAGUUGUUGAUGAUGAAAUCCCAUUCUAUCCCCUCACCCCGACGAUGUUUGUUGUGCCAGGAUGGAAUCGCAAGUCGCUGACAUGUAACAAACAAUGGUAUCAUCUCCAAGUGAUGGGAAAUGGUGAUGAACUUGUUGCAGUUUGCAUGUGCCCUCAUGCCCGGGCGAAGGUGGACGGUAUUGGGAGGCUAGACUGCAUCCACAUAUGUUUUGUUCUUGAGUUCUCGGACGUCAUGUUCCUGCCCAGUCAAAUUCAAGUCUUAAUUUACGAUGAAGAGGAACUUGUUCUUUUCUCUAGGCAGCAAGAGAGGGAUCCCGCCAUCUGGACCAACUACUUCAGUGUUCCCUCUUCUGAUAGAAACCAGACCCAUAUUGGUGGUGUAGUCGAGAUUCUGGUCAGAGAUGUGGACACACCAGCGCUUGCUACCAACUUCUCACUGGCGGCGAGGGCGACAGUCAUGGGAAAGUCCAUUGUAACACCACGUCAAAAGUUGCGUGGAGAAGGAUCGGUGUCCUACCUUCCUAUUCCCCCUCCUAUCUGGGCCCGAAUUUCUAUGGAUCUGACCUUUCCCUCAUUAGGCCCUCCACUAGACUUAGGCGGCAUCCCUUCACCCAUUUCAUUGUCCAGUGGUGGAUCGUGUUGUUGCACUGAUCCACGCCCUAAGUUUGAUAAGUCCAGGCCCAUGCGUGUGGCAUCAUGCAUCGUCUACACAACCAAUGGCACCUCAGAGACCAAAAUUGAGGUUCAACUGUGUACGGCUUGCUCACGAAGGCAAAUUGGCCCAGAUUGUCAAAAUCUUGGUUGGUUCGCAUUUGUCAAACUUCAACAAUUCGAGGCCGAUAUGCAAUGCCCAGUAUGUGGACCGACACCAGAAGAUACAAUCUGGGAUGGAGUCAUGCUAGCAUAUGGAGAGAAGUACCUCCUUCCAUCACUGCAUCCCCCAACAGUCGUCUCAGAAACUGCACCUCAAAAACAGAGUCGCUAUACCUCUCGUCAACAGGCCAUUCCAGACCAAGAGCUACAUGAGGCCAUUCGAAAGAUUUGCCAGCAGAGCGUGGCUAGCCUGCUUCAACCGGUAUCAGAUGUGGAGCAGGAUGAAGGGGAUGACGAGGAUGAGGAAGAGGGAGAGAAAAGCAUUAGAAAAGGCGGCGAAGCAGUUAUCGAAGGACUAUCAAACCUGUCUCCUGCCUUGGGCCAUAUUUUUAAACGGGAAUUCGGGAUUGAAGCUCUCCACAAUGGCCUUGAACCCAAAGCUAUGUAUCAAAAACUAUUUUUAAAUCUCACUGCUGAAGAAUCUGUGUUACAAAUGUCAAAUAGGUUGGCUUUGCAGGAUCUCGUGGUUUUUAUCCAAAACCCUCAUGGGGGAGACGUCUUUCUGGGUCUAACAUCACACAAUUCUGAAACACCUGAAGCAUCGGAAAUAGAAUUGGAGGAAGAAAACUGGCAAGAGACAGGUUGCUACUACAGCAUGCCUGCCAUUCGCCUUCAUCCUUCCUAUCCACAUUUGACCCACGAUCUCCAUGGAGAUAAUGGAAAGCGAGGGCAAAAAUGCUCAAAAUACUGGUCAAUCUAUGGAAAGCAGAAGCUUACCGGUGGCCUUAUGUGUAUUUGGUGCUCCCAUAGCAUUUGUUACGGAUUCCACUGCAUUCCAAAUGGGGAAGGUCACAAUGAUGUCUUUUCGCCGAUAAUCACACGAGAAAGGGAGGAAUCCUAA